AGUUUCAGUUCAGUUGUUGCAUUUGACGGAUCGUUUUUGUUGCCACAACAAAAAAAAGAAAAGAAAAAAGGAAAAUAAAAUCCAGUGUUUAUAAUUCACUUGAAAGUGAAGAGGCAAAGGCAACAAGUGUGUUUAGUUAGAAUGGAUUAUCGCCUUUUGUUGAAAAUCAUCAGCUUUCUGUUGUUGUCCCACUUUGGAGUGCAGCAGCAGCAGCAGUCGCCACAGCAAGCGAACCAACAGCAGCAACAACAACAACCAGAUGUUGGCGGCGAGGAGCAACCACCGGAGGGUUAUUAUGCCUUUGUGGAGUCACCAAAUGCUGUGCCACCUCGUGUACGUCCACCGCCAUACACCUUUGUGAAUGUGGACUGCAAGGAUGUGGCUGCUGGCAGAAAAUCCGCAGUGUCUGUGCAUAAUAUUUGCGGCGAUUUGAACAAGGGACAAAUACCCAAAAAUCCUCUGGGUCAAAAUGUCCUGGGUGAACCGUAUCCUUUUGAACUCAUCCGUAAUCAGACAUUGAAAUUCCUGUCCAAAACUUUGCCCGUUUUGAAAGCGGAUGACACUCUGCCCAAGGUCACUCAAAUCAUACGAGAUGAGCCAGUGGAACAAUUGGAUAACAAUAAUAUAGAUCGUCAUUAUCCAACGACUUCUACACGCAUACGACGCAGUGUGCCGGAGAGUGUGGAGAACAAUGAGUAUAGUUACUUUGAUCCUGCCCUAGAUGAGGAGCAGCGCAAUCAUCAGCAGGAGCAGCAACAACGUCGGGCAGCGGAAGAGCGCAAACCACGGAAAUUCUGUGAUGGCGGCGGAGUUUUCUGCACUCUCUAUAGGGCUAUUCAGGGUGACUCUAGUCCUGCUGUCCCAGCUCCCACGGCCGAGCGUCGCGAGGAAGUUGGUCCCAUACGGUAUGAGGGGCCACCGACCCCCUGCCCCGCCAAGGUGGAAUAUGCCACACCAGUUUUUGCCAAGAACUAUCAGGGAGCCUGGCGCUAUGUUGUCCAGAUCCCCUACGAGGGCUACUUCACCCAAACCGUUGAGGUUACCCGCUGCAUUCAGGCUCGUUGUCAUUAUCUCGAUGGCGGCUGUUUGUCCUCUCCACGUUGGGUUAGUCUACUGGUGGCCGAAAUCUUCUAUCCCAAUGCCGAGGACACUGUGCCCAUCAGUUCGACAACACCGCAGACUCCAUCCGUUCAGGAUUUCCAGGCAUAUCAACAGUAUUUGCAGAAACGUGCUGGCGUGGCCACCGCCUCCGAUGGCACUUCAUCUGGCGCUGCUGGCAAUUCCCAAGCCUCGACACCGGAUGCCCAUUGCGAUGGUCAUGAUGAGUUGGGCUGCUUCCAGGUGCGACUCUAUUACGAUUGGUUCUUGAUUCCCGGCUCCUGCAAGUGCUGGCGUCCCGAUUACUUUGCCAAAUAUGUGCGCCGAAAGUCGGUGGCCGAUUUGUGAGGUGGCCAAAAACUAAGUUAAUUUUUAGCUAAUAGUUGAGAAUGAAAAAAACGGAAAUCAUCCAGAUGAAAUGCUCAUUCUAGCAAUCCCUUUAGAUCACAGCAGCCACCUUUAAGCUGGAGAGGAAUGCGCAGAGUUUGCAGUUCAAUUUAAUAUUAUAAUUUAAGGCACUAUAUAUAUCUUUGA